AUGACCGAUAAACGCAGGCGAGGCGGUACGAGGCACAGAGACGGAGAGACUCUAAACGACGGCGGCCCUCCACCAGAGAAGACGCCUGAAGGCAGGCAAAGAACCCCCCAAUUCGAUGCAAAUACGUAUCUCUUGGAUGUACACGAAAUCACUCGAGACACGCACACCACCACCGCCGCCGCCGUCACCACUACCACCACCAUUACCACCUCACGCACGCCACGCGGGCUGGCAAUGCCCUGGCCUGGUUGGCUGCGCUGUCAGGGCUGCGACUCGGCCUACCAGGAACUGGCCAUGAGCAGGUGCUUACGCAGAGCCGCCUGCGGGAAGCUAGAUGCAGCCCCGAGCUUGCCUCGUUUGAAUCCUUUGGCGUGA